AUGCUGGUGUUUCCUCUACAGAGGAGCGAGAGGCUCUUGAUGGUCGGGCUCCUGACGGCUCUUCUCCUGUCCCCUGACGCGUGGGGCUACGAGGCCCCUGAGGAUAAGCAGGACGUGUUCUCCGGUCAGGCCUGCCCCGCCUUCCUCACCUUCCGAAACGCAGCCUACCUGGCCGGGGUCACCGUGGAGCUGCCCUGCCACUGCAAGCCGCAAGAGGUCCACUCGGUCGUGUGGUUCUUUAGGAAACACGAUGCCAGAGCUGAAGACACCAGAGCCCUCAGGGAUUACCAUGGCAACAGGCUACUGGACACCAGUCAGGUUCUCCACAGCGCUGACCUGCAGAGUCGGUUCUCCAUCCGGCUCUUCAGCCUGUUCGUGUUCCGGGCCGGCCUCCAGGACUCGGGCCUCUACAUCUGCGGCUCCGCCCACAGGGACUUCUUCUUUGGUUACGACCUGGACAUCCAGGAGGCCCGCAAACUCAGCUUCACCCCGAGGAUGGAAUCGCAGGAGGGGGGCGAGAUGCCCGGCCCUCCCCAGGCCCUCUACCAGGUCUUCACAGGCUACGAGCCCUGGACGGUGUGUGACCGUUGCGGACCCCCGGGGGAGCAGGUCCGCAUCGGACUCUGCUACGUCCGCUCCCGCUUCCUCCACGUGCGCUACCGGCGGGCCAAUCAGACGGUGGCCUCCUGCGGCUCCGGGGGGGUCCCCAAGGCCUUCGGCGAUCUGAAGGACCGGACAGGUGGGCCCUCCAUGGAGGUCCGGAGCUGCCAGGUGGCCUGUCCGAGUGAAACUCCUCCAUCCUCUAGCCUGCUUUCUUUGAUGGCUUUUCUUGGACGA